CCGGGGGCGGCCGGCCUGGGAGCGCGCCACGCCGGCCGCUGUCAUGGCAACGCGCCGGCUUCAGUCCCCAGGGCGGGAACCCGCAUUGUGAGCACCUGCAGCCAGGCCGGCACAGCGACCCCGGAGGCGAGGCGCACCCUGAACCCGGCGGCUGAAGAGAAAGUUGCUCGCGCGGUAACUGGCCUCAGUCCAGCUGGGCCCACUCCCUGAUUUCUGCCGGCUCGUUUUCCCGACGGGAAAGUCCGGGAGCCCCCUGCGCCUCCAGUCUGGCCACGGGAAAGGAAGCGGUGGUCCCCUGGCUGCAAGGCCAGAACUCCACCGCUGCUCUACUCCCCCUGCCCUCCCUUGCAAAGCUUGUGGGUAGCGUGGGAGUGCAGGAGACAGGAGCUAAAAGAGGCCGACCCGGCGUCGCAGGGGUCGUCGCGCCCAGUGCGGCACUUGUUGCAGCUCUGUGGGAGGUGGGGGCGCGGGUUGGGGUAACCGGGACCCGCGGGGACUGUGCGGAGCCCGUGAAAGUUAGAGAAGCGCGUUCCACGCUAUUUGCUUGCCUUCAGCAGCAUCACAAGGGAAACGAGGGUCGUGAAACGUUGCUCAAAGUGACACAGCGCACAGGCUGCUGCAAAGUGAGGAGCGGCGUGUGAGAAGCUGGGAGAGCGGAGGGGCUCUGCCCUCUUCCACACGGAUGGAGAAGCUGCCAUUCAACAUCGUCCUCAGUGAUGCAACUUGUUAGAGCAAAACUGAAUAUACGGAGAGCACAACAGCCCUCUGGAAGUAACAGUGCAAACUUAGCGUCUACAUCCGGCGUUUGAAAGCCCCCAAAGGCCGACAGCCGCGUGGGAAAAGUUUACCAAGUGGUUUUGUGAAGGCGCGGGAGCGGCGGCAAGGACCCUCGCGAGAGGACGAGGAGAACCCCGCCCCGCCCCUGGGAGGACACGCCCCUGAGGGAGGGACCGGAAGUACUCGUUCCGGGCCGGAAGUAGUGCUGACUUGGUCCACGUGAGCGGCAGCAUGGCCGCCCACCGCUCAGGUCCGCUCAAGCAACAGAAUAAAGCUCAUAAAGGCGGACGGCACCGGGGUCGGGGAUCCGCGCAGCGCGACGGCAAGGGUUCUGGCAGAGAAGAGGCAGCUGGGCAGUAAAGAUGGCCCUCCUCAUCAGGUACUGGUGCUGCCCCUGCACGACAGGAUUUCCCUGCCAGAGGCCUUCCGGCUGCUUCAGGAUAGGGACAGUGGAACAGUACACUUGAAUGAAUGGGGAAGCACCCACAGCUUUAUGCUGCUAUGCCCCGGCUUGAAACAUCGGUGGUUUUUCACAUCUGCAAGGCCAGGAGAUCUGCACACUGUGCUCGACUUGGCUAAAGUGGCUGAUAGCAUCCUGUUCCUCCUCGACCCACUAGAAGGCUGGGACAGCACUGGGGAUUACUGCCUUUCCUGCCUCUUUGCCCAGGGCCUUCCCACCUAUACACUAGCUGUCCAGGGGAUUUCUGGCCUCCCACCGAAGAAACAAGUAGAUGCCAGAAAGAAGCUAAGUAAAGUAGUGGAGAAGCGCUUUCCUGAUGACAAGCUCCUUUUGUUAGACACGCAACAGGAGGCAGGGAUGCUGCUCCGGCAGUUGGCUAACCGGAAGCAGCGGCACCUUGCCUUUCGAGAUCGGCGGGCCUAUCUUUUUGCUCAUGAUGCUGACUUUGUGCCUAAUGAAGAGAAUAACCUGGUGGGGACCUUGAAAAUUUCAGGCUAUGUUCGUGGACAGACUCUGAAUGUAAAUAGCUUGUUGCAUAUCAUUGGACAUGGUGACUUCCAGAUGAAACAGAUAGAUGCCCCUAUGGAUCCUUUUCCUUUAAACCCUAGAGUGAUCAAAUCCCAAAAGGACUCAGGCACGGCGAUGGAGAUUUGUGCUACAGAUGCUGUAACUGACAUGGAGGAAGACCUUAAGGUCCUAAUGAAGGCAGACCCUGAUAGACAAGAAUCUUUGCAAACAGAGGUUAUACCUGAUCCGAUGGAGGGGGAGCAAACCUGGCCCACUGAGGAGGAACUGAGUGAGGCAAAUGACUUUUUGAAGGAAAGUUCCAAGGUGGUAAAGAAGGUUCCUAAAGGAACAUCCAGCUACCAAGCUGAAUGGAUUUUGGAUGAGGAUGGCGAAAGUGAUGGGGAAGAUGAUGAAUAUGAUGAUAUAGAACAUGAGGAUUUUAUGGAAGAGGAAUCUCAGGAUGAGAGUAGUGAAGAGGAAGAAGAGGAGGAAUGUGAAACUAUGACUAUUGGGGAGUCUGUGCGUGAUGAUCUAUAUGAUGAGAAAGUGGAUGAAGAGGCUGAGGAAAAAAUGCUAGAAAAAUACAAACAAGAAAGACUGGAAGAGAUGUUUCCAGAUGAAGUAGAUACGCCGCGUGAUGUGGCUGCUAGAGUUCGAUUUCAGAAAUACAGAGGCCUCAAGAGCUUCCGGACAUCUCCAUGGGAUCCUAAGGAAAAUCUUCCUCAAGAUUAUGCUCGGAUCUUUCAGUUUCAGAACUUUACCAAUACCAGGAAACGCAUCUUUAAAGAAAUCAAGGAAAAAGACGUUGAAGGAGCUGAGGUUGGCUGGUACGUCACCCUUCAUGUCUCUGAAGUACCCGUCUCUGUGGUUGAGUAUUUCAAGCGCGGGGCACCCUUGGCCGCGUUUUCUUUGCUGCCUCAUGAACAGAAGAUGUCAGUGCUGAAUAUGGUGGUAAGCCGGCAUCCUGGCAACACUGAACCUGUGAAAGCUAAAGAGGAGCUGAUCUUCCACUGUGGGUUCAGGCGCUUCCGAGCCUCACCUUUAUUCUCUCAGCACACUGCAGCGGAUAAACAUAAAUUUCAGAGGUUCUUGACUGCUGACAUGGCCCUAGUGGUGACAGUGUAUGCCCCAAUCACUUUUCCUCCUGCAUCUGUGCUGCUUUUCAAACAGAAUAGCAAUGGAAUGCACAGCCUCGUUGCUACCGGCCAUCUCUUGUCAGUGGAUCCAGACAGGAUGGUCAUCAAGAGAGUUGUUCUGAGUGGUCAUCCUUUCAAAAUUUUUACUAAGAUGGCAGUAGUACGUUACAUGUUCUUCAGCAGAGAGGACGUGCUGUGGUUUAAACCGGUGGAACUGAGAACAAAGUGGGGCCGCAGGGGACAUAUCAAGGAGCCUUUAGGUACUCAUGGCCAUAUGAAGUGCAGUUUUGAUGGGAAGCUAAAAUCUCAGGACACAGUACUGAUGAACCUCUAUAAACGAGUUUUCCCCAAAUGGACCUAUGAUCCAUAUGUACCAGAACCAGUACCUUGGGUGAAAAGUGAGAUUUCAACAGUGCCAGAAAUGGACAUGAAGUAAUGGAUACAAUGGGAUUCUGUCUCCUUGCUACUAGCUUAGCACCCUAGGGAUGGGAACCUACAGGUUGUGAUUGGGCAGAGUUUGUGUUACCUAUUUUAGCCUGCAAGCCUGCUGUCCCUUUUUGCAAAAGAUUUUUCUUGGCCUUGACAAGGUGUCUCAGUUAAGUGGAUGUUUUUUCUAUUGCUACUUUAUAAAAAAAAAACACCUUAAAUCUUAUCGAUAUAUCUACCCUCCAUUAGGAUGUUGAAAGCUGUUUAAGUAGGUAAGAAGUGGGAAGUUAACAUUGACUAAGAAACAAAAUUUCCAAGUGUCUAGAAAAACUGAAUCACAUUUCUUCCUUAUGCAUAAAUUAAACAGAAACAGAUUGAUAAGGGGCUGGCCUUUCAGCCUGCUUCAUCCAAGUUAUGGAAGUUAAAUCUACAUUUCCACCACUGAGCACAAUACAGAUGUUCUUUACUUCUGGGGAAAUGGUUUGAAAAUGCUGAGACAGAACGGCAGCCACUCCAACAGCAGCUGUAGGUUCAAUAAGCAGUUUCAUCCUCUCCCAUACCAGCUGGGUUGCAUACUGUUGGUAGAAAGGGAGUAAGAAUUAGUGAAACGGGAGAAGGAAAGCCUAGUUGGUGGGCCUUUACACUUAAAAGCUAAAUGUUAUAUAUACAUAUGCUUGCCAAUGAAGAGCUAGUCUUUUUUUUUUUUCUCAUUCAUUCUAACUCUGUUUCUGAUGAGGGUUGUCCCAAUAUCUAGAGCACCCUCCCACGUCAUAAGUCACCAAGUCAGAUCCCCAGUGGAUGAGUUGCUACCUGCAAGAGAAGAGAAGUAUCUUUUGCUUAAAAAGUUGCUCCGUUCUUUGGUUUUCUUUCCUGUUGGAGCCUCACCUUAAUUUCAUCCUCUGUGACAGUGAAGACAUCAUCCACAAGGUCCCUUAUAACAGGCCAGGUGUUUAGGCCAAUGCUGGAUUUGACACCAUCUGCUAUGGUUUCUGGAGGACAGGGAUUGGGGGUCAGUUCCCCUUUCAGUUUGGACUUGUAGCAGUCAUCUGCAUUCAAGGGUUCAGCAGCAUAUACCUUCACAGUAGGUCUCAAAGCCUGGGAAGGGAAUAGUAGACACCUUACCACUAGCCACUGCCUGCAUGCCUGCAGUAAAAUAGGCAGUACAGGUAACACGUUUCUGACCAAGUAAGAGCCUUCUCUGAUAGGUGUAAUGAAAAUAUGACCUUAAAGCACUUUAAAUUGUAUGCCUAAUACUGGCCUUCAGUUGCCUAGAUCACAUCUGGUUCUAUUGGUAACUUGAGAAAACAGUAGCCCCUGACUUGGAUAGUAGGUUGGUGAGAUGGAAUUCAGGGAAAGGACUAUGAUAGGGUGCCACUCACUGUAAUUGCUUUUGUGCUGUAAAGUCAUAAAUUAAGGAAAGGGUGGUGAGGCAGAGAAGGGCCUUUCAUCUCAUUUGCUAAGAAAUGAGAACGGCAGUUUAGGGGGAAUGUUGAGCAAGUAUCACAAUGUACUAUGAUGUGAAAUAAAAUCCUCUAUGCCUAAA